AUGGACGACAGGACUGAGGCAAAGCCCGCUGACAAUGUCGGUGAAACCGUGGAGCAACUUGGACACUCGUCCGCUUCUCGAACAUCGGGCCAACUAGCGCCGCAGCAAGGUGCUAUCAAGGCGAGAAGACCGCUCGGCCUCGGAGUGCUCAGAGAAAUUAGGCGACUUCAGUCAGGAGUGCGAACUGUCAUACCGAGGCAGGCAUUUGCCAGAGUGGUCCGCGAGAUUGUGCAGCGUGACGAGACAGGCAGUCGCGAUCUGAACAUGCAGCGUCUGGCGCUCGAAGCGCUGCAGGAAGCCAGCGAAGCGGUCCUCGUGCACAUCCUAGAAGGCUCGAACGCGAUCGCACAGAACGCGGGCCGGGUCACCAUCAUGCGAAGGGACAUGGCAACAGUGCUGAGAAUGAUUAGAAGUUAUGGAAACCUGCAGUUGUCCUUAUUAUGA